AUGCCGGAGGAGGAUUUGGUGGAUAUAAAGUUCAGGCUUUAUGACGGGUCGGAUAUCGGGCCGUUCCGGUACUCAUCAACAUCUACUGUUGAUAUGCUUAAGCAGCGGAUUGUUUCUGAUUGGCCCAGAGGCAAAACAAUAACUCCCAAGGCAGUGAAUGAAAUCAAGCUGAUAAGCUCUGGUAAAGUCUUGGAUAACAACAAGACUGUUGGCCAAUGUAGAACACCUUUUGGAGAAGUGGCCGGGGCAGUAAUCAUAAUGCAUGUUGUUGUACAGCCAUCUCUAGCAAAAACCAAAACAGAAAAGAAGAUUGAUAAUUCUCCGAAGAAAAUUGUGUGUUCGUGUUCCAUAAUGUGA